UUAGAUGAGAUGGCCUUUGGAGCUGUUAGAACGGCUAUGCUAGCAGUCACAUUUUUGGCAGUUUUUACAAUCAUGAAUGGUGAUAAGGUGGAAGGGAGUACAAACAUAUCUGAAGAAGAAGAUUUAGAAUUUGAAAGACAACUUAGAAUUCUAAACAAGCCUGCUAUCAAAACAAUCAAGAGUGAAUAUGGAGAUGUCUACAAUUGUGUGGAUAUUUACAAGCAACAUGCAUUUGAUCAUCCUUUACUCAAAGAUCACAAAAUCCAGAUACCAGAGGGUUAUUGGUCGAAAAUGAAAACUUUAGCAGGUAAAUCUUCAAGAUUUGGACUGAAGGAAGGUUGUCCUCUAGGAACAGUACCCAUCCGAAGGGUAACAAAAAAAGACCUAAUGAGUGCCAAACAUGUCUCCAAACAUUAUGCUGAAUUUUAUGAUCGAAAGGAUCAAGGAAAUGGUUUUGAGUUUGCAGGGUUUCAAACUAUAAAGACUCCAGGAAGAGUGUACCAUGGGUCUGGAGCCACUAUUAAUGUGUACAAUCCAGCGGUUCAAUCACCAUACGAAUUUAGUUCAGCUGUGAUUUCCAUUGAAAGUGGACCUCCGAAUGAGCGCAAUUAUAUACAGUUUGGAUGGACGGUAAACCCACCUUUAUAUGGCGAUACCUACACUCGACUUUUUACCUCAUGGACGAAAGACAAUCUUCAAACAACAGGUUGCUUCAAUACAUUCUGCUCGGGUUUUGUACAUUUCAAUCCGAAUGUACCGCUUGACUUUGUAUUCCUACCAACAUCAACGAUAGAUAAAGAUCAACACGAUGUGAGACUAGGAGUGUACCAGCAAAACAUAACAAAAGUUUGGUACUUGGUAGUAAAUGAUGAUGAGCAGACAGUUGGUUAUUGGCCGCCAGAGAUAUUCAGUCAUUUAGCAAGUGAAGCAGACUAUAUUCAGUGGGGAGGGCAGGUGUACAGUCCAAACCCAGAACAACACAGUCCACAGAUGGGAAGCGGUGUUUGGGCAGAUGGAUGGUAUGAUGAAUCAUGUUUCUUCAGAAGAGUGAUUGACCUUGACUCAACCUACACACCAGAGGAUCCCAAUAACGCCUACAUUCAAAAAGCUACCUCUCGUUGCUAUUGGGCUGAUGAUAAUUCCUAUAAAGAUGGUUACUGGCAAUAUAGCUUCCUGUUUGGUGGCCCUGGUGGCCCUGCCUACGAUUGCUUUUAA